AUGGAUGAACAGCCUGAUGGUUAUAAUGAGUAUAGGAAACUAAGACAAAAUUUAAAGCUACUUCAAGAUGAACUCCAGAAGCGGAAGAAGGCUGAACAAGAAAUGGAAGAUGAGCUAAAACGUCUGCAUGAAGAGACUAUCCCAUUAUCGGCAGCUAGAGCCUUGACCCAUGUAGCUCUCUGCAAAGGUAGGGCUCUAGAAAUUUUGUCAAGUAUGACGAGUUCCAAUUCUGUAUCUACUUCAAACCUUCGCUGGGCAUUUAGAAACUUAUACAAACAUACAUUUGGUGAAAUUGCCUAUGCAAAACGUCUAGGUGAGGACAGAUCAGCUCAAUACCAUUAUAAUGAAACUCAGUUGCGCCUUUUUCGUCAGGAACAGCUAUUAUUAUUGGCAGAGAAUGAACGCUUGUCAGCCCAAGUAAAAAAUCUCCAAGUGGAAUUGGCUCAGAAUUAUAGAACUAUUAGAUCGGAUAAAGUAGGAGGUGCAAAAUCUAGUAGACGAAAAUCUCAGGGAGAACUUAGGACAAAUGCAAGUUCAGCUUUAUCUGAACAAGAUAGUGGGAUUGAUAGUGUUACUGAUAGUGAAGUUGAAUUGGAUUCUAAUACUGAUUCUGAGGCUAGUAGUUGUAUAGCUCUAAAUGUGGAGCUUGUAACUCGGCAUUUAUCUAAUUUAGUUCAUUGUAUUCAAUCUGCUUUCCAAAGACGUAAAUUGUUUGCUUUAAUAGUUUGGAGAAUGGCAACUCAGAGGGUAACUUCAUCAAUAACUGAUAGGGGGGUAACCUCUGCAAAUAUAAUUCAUGGUACUGACAGGUCUGGCAGAGACUCUAGUUCUUAUGAUAUAAACCGAUUUUUUGAAUUACUACAACGUCGUUUUAGAUAUGUGUUAAUGGCUAGAGGGUUUUGGAGAAUUUGGUGUUCAUGUUUUUCACCUUUAUUCAGGCGCAAAGUAAAUUGUGGUGUAGUACGGGGUCCUUCAACUAGUGCCUUUAGAGCAAUAAAUGACACUGGACUAAUGGUAAGAGAUUCUUUUAUUGGAGCUGGAAUGGGAGGAGGGAACGAUAUUGCAUAUAUGACAGUACAGGGAGGAACACCAUUGAACACUUCAACAGCCUUUGCAACUCAGCCUCAUUACUUAGCAAAUCUACCUAGUUUUUCUAAAGUUAGUUAUGCUCCCAGGAAUGUAUAUUUUCAAUCAAGGGAUAUCCCCCCAUUUCCUCCUGCUAGAGGUCAAUCAAAGAUAUUGCCUUCUAUCUCUUAUGAAGAAAGCAAAGGUAUUCCACCUUUUUUUAGACCUUUUGAGGGUAUUUCUUCAGUUUCCAAACAAUCACCACAUAGAAUAUCUAAUGAAAAACAAAAUAGUUAUUGUGAUGUAGAACAAAGCGAUAUAUAUACUGUUAAAUCUGAAUUAAGUAAUUUAUUAAAUUCCAGACAAGCAUCAACCUCACCAAAGCACUAUUCAGAACUUAACUAUAAAAAGGUUAACUCAAAAGGUCCAUUAGAUGAUGUCACAACCAAGCUAAAGUAUCUAGAUAUCUUAGCAGAAGCUAUAGAUGAUUCGUAA